AUGCCCUCCAACACCCCCACCCCACCCACCGCCGCGCUAGCCCUCUCCCUCGGCGCGGCGGUCCUCUACGGCAUCCAAGCGCGCUCCCCGCCCAGCGCCCCCCGCACAGCCGCCAAGACCGCCUCGACGGCCCUCCUCUCGGCGCUGUCCGCCCUGCGCGGCGGCCCCGUCCUCCUCACCGGCGCCCUCGCCCUCGGCGCCGCCGGCGACGCCGUCCUCGCGUUCGACGACGGCGAGCCGGCCUUCCUCGGCGGCCUCGCCUGCUUCCUGGCCGCGCACGCGCUGUACAUCGCGCUCUUCUUGGCGGCGCCGGGCGACGGCCGCGGCGGGCUACUGCAGCUGCUAGCAGGUGGGCGCGGCUCCGCUUACGCGGUCGUCGCCGUGGUGCUGCUGGCCCCCGCCGUGGUCGGCCUGCUGAUGCCCCGCGUCGGCGGGGCGCUGCGCCUGCCCGUGCUGGUCUACUCCGCCGCCGUGGUCGCCAUGGUCCUCUCAGCGGCGGCGGCGGCGGCGGCUGUGGAUGACGGCGACGAUGAUCGCGUCGUCGUAGGGGCGGUCCUGUUCGCGGUGUCGGACGCCAUCCUCGCGGCGGAGAGGUUCCUCGUCGCGGGCGCGUCGCCGCAUCGCGCGUGGAUGCAGCAUGGCGUCUGGGUCCUGUAUUAUUCCGGGCAGCUGUUGAUUACCCUGGGGUUUGUAGCUGGGGUUUAGAGCUUGCGGGUGCCGAGUCGCGGGCGCGUCUGGGGCGGCGAUCGGUAUCGAUCAGGGGCGGGGAUGGCUGCCGGCAAUGCUGGGCCCCCGUAGCUUUCCAUGUCUUGAACACACGGGAGCAUCUGGGAAGUCGGUCAAAGGCUGUGCAAAUUGCAGGCCAGGUGAAAGGAACUGAAUGGCAAAACAGUUGCCGGG